AUGGGAAAUCUGAACACACCCAGCACCGGAGAAGGUACCACCGACGCACCUCCUGCAUCUGGGGCAGCUGGGGUAACAUGGGAAGGGACCGAGAACCCUCAAAUCCAUGAUCUGGAAGAGAGUGAUUCCGAGCCAGAACCAGAGAAGGCAGCAACCGAAUCCUCCAUAACCACCUACCUAGAGCAGAUGUUCUCUAAGAGAUUCGAUUCCAUGCAAUCCAUGGUAGAACGCCUACCAGGAGUAGCUCCCCCAAUCCGAAGGAGCAACCCUGAUUCCUACGCGGAUACCCCUUUUGCGGAAGAGAUCGCCUCGGUUGAGAUGCCUAGAAAGUUCUCCUUCCCCAGCAUCAGGAUGUAUGACAGUACCGGCGACCCCGACGAUCACAUCGUGCAGUACAAGCAAAGGAUGUUGGCGGUUGCACUCCCUAAGGAGUCCCGCGAAGCCACGAUGUGCAAAGGGUUUGGUUCCACUCUGAUCGAACCUGCCUUGCAAUGGUAUAUCAAUCUCCCCACCAGGUCCAUAUCUUCCUUCGCAGGCCUGAGCGAUAAAUUCGUGGAGCAAUUCACAAGCAGUAGAAGCCUGGAGAAGACUUCAGAUGGUCUCUACGAGAUCCUCCAGCAUCGAGUGGAACCCCUGCGAGACUACAUAGCCCGCUUCACUAGGAGAAAGUGGCGGUCCCCGAAUGCAGCAUCCUACCGCGGUCUCUGCCUUCAAGAGAGGACUACUUCCAGAUGGAGGGCUAUACAAAGAGCUGACCAUGUGAAGUGGGAGGAAGAUGUUGCUAGCCAUGCCAAGGCUCAGCCUAAGCAGGAGCAAAGGUCAGCCCGAUCAGAUCGAGAAGACCGAGAUGAAAGAUCCUCCCAAAGGGGCUCCAAGGACUUUGGUAGUAGAAACAGGGGCAGGUUCCAGUACCGACCGCAAGAGAAAGAAGAAGGGAUGUCGCUAGUCAACGCACUGAGACAGAUGGGCCAACAGGUUAAGUGGCCUCCAAAGAUGAAAGCACCUGACUCGUUCCGGAACCCGAAACUUUGGUGCGACUUCCACCGCGAUCAUGGCCACAAAACCGAAGACUGUAUCGCCCUGAGGAUCGAGGUCAACGAACUACUCCAAAAGGGGCAUCUCCGAGAAUUCCUCUCAGAGAAAGCCAAGGCCCAUCUCAGCAAAGAGACAGAGGGGAAAUCCAAAGGAGCCACACCAGCCUCACCACCUCGCCAAGAUCGGGUGAUCCAUGUCAUAUCCGGAGGCUCAGAAGUAAGUAGAGUGAGCCACGCAGCCGCAAAGAAAAGCACCCGCAACGCUAAGCAUGGACUGGAAACGACCCAACCGAAGCGCCUACUUCUAGGCACCGACGAGAUAAGCUUUGCAGCUAAGGAGCAAGAGAAGAUUCUAGCUCCCCACCAUGAUGCUCUAGUUAUCUCUCUCACCGUAGCAAACUUCCUGGUGAAAAGAAUACUAGUAGACAACGGCAGCUCCAGCAAUAUUAUCUUCCAGACGGCGAACCAAGAUCUCGGGCUGGAGGAGAGCACCCUGACGCGCAAGGUAAUCCCACUCAUUGGGUUCAGCGGCGAGGUCAAGCAAACCACCGGAGAAGUUAUCCUCCCAGUAUACGCUGAAGGGGCCAACAUGUCUACCAAAUUUCUAGUCGUAGAUUGGCAAUCGGCAUACAACAAGAUCUUGGGACGACCCUGGAUUCACAACAUGGGAGCGGUCCCUUCAACCCUUCAUCAGAUGGUGAAGUUCCCUACACCCUGA